AUGGAGAAGAGAAGAGAGCUGAGUGGGAGAGUAACGAAGCAAAGAGAGCUCCUUCAAGUUCAAGAGUACGUCAUGCACAUGGUUCUGCUCACCGCCGGAGCAUCUGUGUCGGUUUUGAUGGUGUUUCUCAUGGAGCAGUGGCGGGCGUGGGUGUUCAUCGUUCUCAACCUCGUCCUCUUGGCCAUUCUUUUCACUUCAGUGUCUUCCACCUCAGGUGGGAAUCAAGAAAGCAAAAACAACCACGACGAAGCAGAUCGAGUUCCGGUCAAUGUUGAAAUGAAGAAGGAGACGAGGCAAUGUAGGUGGCCACCGGCUCAAGUAGAUCAAGAAGUGGUUAAGGUAUGUGAUGAGGAAGAGUGGUUUGAAGUUGAAGACAAGCCGGAGGAGGAGGAGAAUCCGAAGCUUUCCAAGGAGGCUCUGAAUGAGAGAGUGGAAGCUUUCAUUGUUAUGUUCCGGCAGCAUUUAGUUUCAGAUGCAAGAAAUUUUAAUUGAGUGUAAAAUCAGGGUCAAAUGUUUCAUCAUAUCUAUGUAUUCAACGUCGGCGUUAAAGUACAUUUUGAUGCUCAA